AUGUCAACUCCGCCAAUUCAAACUGGACAGGUUUUAACUAGUCAACAGAAAGCACAACAGUUUAAAUUAUUCGAGGACUCCUUGCCUAAAGUUAAUCAAUUAGCAUUCCAGCUACUACUUAAUGAAGUUGUACCAUUAUCGAUGGCAGUUGAAGAAAAAGUAUUUGAUGAUAAAAUCCAAGUAAAUGAAUCGGAAGACCAGACAAAUCAAAAAGCUGAGGAUGUAGAUAAUUCAGAUGCUUCCAAUAUUACAAAGGAUAUCGAAGAUAAACUUCAUAUAACUCCCGAAUUGGAUUUACCUUCACAUGUGUUAAUCCAUCAGAUUUCUACUACCAAUGCUGAAAAAAGGGAAGGUGUAAUAAAACGUUUACAAUCUAUUGGUUUUAAUAUAGGUAGCAAGUUGACAGAAUUAUUAGUAUUUAAGAACAACCCCAACAUUCGAUUUAAAGAUGCAGAAGUGCUUCUAAUAAUGAAAUUUAUCUGUAGGGACGUGUGGAAACAAAUUUACGGGAAACAAAUAGACAAUCUAAAGACUAAUCAUAGGGGUACUUUUUAUCUCUUUGAUUACGAUUACAGACCAAUUAGAAAUUUUGUAGUUGAUGGGGACAUCUCUGACCCAAGUCUUCUGGAGAAAGAAACAUCAUUAGCGCAACCCUUCUUAGAAAUACCUAUUGGUAUCAUAACUGGUGUGUUGUCUUCAUUGGGUUUUAAAUCAGAAGUAGUUGCAUGCAAGGCAUCAUUUGUUGACAAACCAGAUGGUACAUCUAAAUUAAACUUUCCAAAGGGUGUGAGUUUUCAUAUACAAAUAGUGAAUCAAUAG